AUGGUGGGUUCAAACUUUACUACUAAGGAUCCCUACAAAUAUCAAGUGGGAUUUAAUUCUUAUCAUGAGACUGAGGCUAUUGAAGGCGCACUGCCAGUUGGUCAAAAUAGUCCCCAGGAGGCUCCUUACGGGCUUUAUUCAGAAAAGCUGUCAGGUACCGCCUUCACUGCUCCUCGACAUGAAAACAAACAGAGCUGGCUGUAUCGUGUGAUUCCAGGUGCUUCACAUCCGAAUCCCGAGAGUGUCAAGGCACCUUGGGCUUCUUCGGAUGGCAGCAACAAGGCUCCAGCUGGGUUUGAUGAAUUACAAUACGUUCCAAACCAACUAAGAUGGGACCCUUUCGAUGUUGUUGAAAGCGAAACUUUUGUUGAUGGCUUGAGGUUGGUCAGUGCAUCAGGUGAUCCUCGAGUAAAAAAGGGUCUGGCUAUUUAUGCUUAUGGAGCGUCCAAGUCAAUGGGUAAUGAAGCUUUCUAUAAUGCUGACGGUGAUUUUCUCAUAGUUCCUCAACAAGGAGAACUUGAUAUUCAAACUGAAUUGGGAAAUCUUUAUGUACGACCUCAAGAAAUUGUAGUAAUUCCUAGAGGAAUUAGGUACAAGGUAAAGCUUCCGUCUGGACCUAUUCGCGGAUAUAUCCUGGAAGUGUUUUCUGGACAUUUUGAACUUCCGGAAUUGGGACCAAUUGGUUCUAAUUGUCUUGCUAAUGCUAGAGAUUUUCAGGCACCUGUAGCAGCUUUCGAAGAAAAUGAUGAACCUCACAAGAUUCUGGGAAAGUUUGGUGGUAAUCUAUUCCAAUACACCCAAAACCACAGCCCAUUUGAUGUAGUUGGUUGGCAUGGCCUUUAUUAUCCAUACAAAUACGACUUGGGUAAGUUCAACACUAUUGGAUCAGUUUCUUUUGACCAUCCGGACCCUAGUAUUUUUACUGUCUUGACAGUACAAAGUGAACAUGUAGGUACCGCAAUUGCGGAUUUUGUCAUUUUCCCACCUAGAUGGCUAGUUCAGGAGCACACAUUCCGCCCUCCAUGGUUUCACCGAAACACAAUGGCCGAGUUCAUGGGUCUAAUUUGUGGUAACUAUGACGCCAAAGAGGGAGGAGGUUUUGUACCAGGGGGUGCGUCAUUGCAUAAUGUUAUGUCCUCACAUGGCCCUGAUGCAGCUACUUACGAAAAGGCGUCAAAGGCUGAUCUCAAACCCCAAAAAGUUGGUACUGGUUCCAUUGCAUUUAUGUUUGAGACAAGUCUCAUGUUGGGCCUGACUACCUAUGGCCUUACCGAGUGCAAUAAAGUCCAGUCUACAUACAAUGAACACAGCUGGCUGCCUAUCAAGAAACAUUUUGUUAAUCCACAGAAGUAA